AUGAAUCAAACUCCUUCUACAAUUGAUAAAUCUGAAAUACUCUAAAAUGAAGAACAACAAUACUAAUCUUAUUUUAGGCAGGAAAGAGCUUUGGAAAAGAAACUCCAAUACUCAAUAUCAGCUAAUAAUCAAAUAAAGGGAGUCAAUCAAUUAGAUAUUAAUAACAAAGAAGGAUGGUUAAAGAAAAAGAGUCCUAAGUUACUUGUAAGGUGGCAGAAACGAUAUGUUAAGAUUUAAGAUGGGAAAAUGCUAUAUUUUAAAGGUUCAGACAAAUUUAAGGGUUGCAUAGAUUUUCAUUUGAUUUCUGUUUCGAUUACUCCUAUCAUGAAGAAUAAUCUAAUAUAUAAAAUAAGAAUGGAAUUAAGAAGAUAUUUUAUUUUGAGUGUAGAUCAUAAGGAUUUGUAAGAUUGGUAUCGUUGUAUCAAACAACAUAUUUUGAUUAAAUAAUCCUAUCCAAAAAUGACACCUUUGAAUCAUGAGUCGAUGUGGAAAUUUGAGAGAGUAAAUGAAACUUAUUUCAGAAAGAAAGCCGAUACUGGCGACAUUCUAUUAUUUAGGGAUCAGUCUCCAUUAAGUAAAAUCUAAAGAGCUUUUACUGGGGAUAAUUUUGAUCAUGUCGCUUUAUUACUUCGAGAUAAUAAUGGAGAAUUAUUUUUAUUUGAAUCGAUGAGAUAAACAAGUGUUAAUCAUUUAAGUUGGGAUGCUUUUAUGAGAAAUAAUUGGCGCACGUUGUACUCAUAAUCAAAUCAACUUUUUGAAAAACUUGAAUAAUUUGUCAAGGUUCAUAAUAGGUUUAUAGCUUAGGGAUCAAUUGGCAAAAGAUAUCAGAUGUCACCAAGUAAAUUGAUAAAAAGAUUGACAAAAUCAAAUGAAUCUAUUCAUGAUCUAGAAAAAGAUGUAAAGUCAUUUUUUUGUUCUGAACUUAUAGCAGCAGCCUAUAGUGUUAAGUGA